AUGUAUUUGUCAAGAUUCCUGUCACUUCAUGCCCUCUGGGUUACUGUAUCCUCCAUGGUGCAGCACUACCCUUCCGUGUGGGGACACUAUGAUGUGUGCAAGACACAGAUUUACACAGAAGAAGGCAAAGUAUGGGAUUACAUGGCCUGCCAACCAGAAGCCAGAGACAUGAUCAAAUAUGUAAAAGUGACUCUGGAACCCCCCGACGUAACAUGUGGAGAUCCUCCUGAGACUUUCUGUGCUAUGGGGAAUCCCUACAUGUGCAAUAAUGAAUGUGAUGCGAGUACCCAAGAACUGGCUCAUCCUCCAGAACUGAUGUUUGACCUUGAAGGAAGACAUCCCUCCACAUUUUGGCAGUCCACAACUUGGAAGGAUUAUCCAAAGCCUCUUCAUGUUAAUAUUACACUCUCUUGGAACAAAACCAUUGAACUGACAGAUAACAUAAUUAUCACUUUUGAAUCUGGUCGUCCAGACCAAAUGAUCCUGGAGAAAUCACUUGACUACGGACGAACAUGGCAGCCCUACCAGUACUAUGCCACAGACUGCUUAGAUGCUUUCCAUAUGGAUCCAAAAUCAGUGAGGGAUUUAUCACAGCACACAGUCCUAGAAAUUAUUUGCACAGAAGAAUACUCUACCGGGUACAUGACAAAUAGUAAAAUAAUCCACUUCGAAAUCAAAGAUAGAUUUGCUUUUUUUGCUGGACCUCGGCUUCAUAAUAUGGCUUCUCUUUAUGGACAGCUUGACACAACCAAGAAGUUAAGAGAUUUCUUUACCAUCACAGAUCUGAGGAUAAGACUGCUUAGGCCAGCAACUGGAGAAAUAUAUGUAGAUGAGCAGCACCUGGCACGCUACUUUUAUGCCAUUUCAGACAUAAGGGUGUAUGGAAGGUGUAAGUGCAACCUUCAUGCUACUGGAUGUAAAGAAGAAAACAAAAGACUACUUUGUGAAUGUGAGCAUAACACAACUGGCCCAGACUGUGGAAAAUGCAAGAAGAAUUACCAGGGCCGACCAUGGAGCCCUGGUUCUUAUCUGCCUAUACCUAAGGGCACUGCUAAUAUCUGUAAUAUACCGAGUAUUUCCAGUAUUGGUAAUCCUCCAAAGUUUGAUAGGAUAUGGCCGAAUAUUUCUUCUCUUGAGGUUUCUAAACCAAACCAAGUUGCUCCCAAAUUAGCUAUGUCAACUGUUACUUCUGUUCAAGUUGCAAACCACGAGAGAGACUGCGAAUGCUUCGGGCACUCCAACCGGUGCAGUUACAUCGAGCUGCUCAAUACGGUCAUUUGCGUGAGCUGUAAGCACAACACUAGAGGUCAGCACUGUGAGUUAUGCAGGCUGGGCUACUUCAGAAAUGCUUCUGCAGAGCUGGACGAUGAAAAUGUGUGCAUAGACUGUUAUUGUAACCCUUUUGGUUCAGUCCAUGAUCGCUGUAAUGACAGAGGAUUUUGUGAGUGUAAGGAGGGAACAUCAGGGCCUAAAUGUGAUAAAUGUCUGCCGGGAUAUAUCUGGCACAGCUUGGGCUGCCAACCAAACGUGUGUGACAAUGAACUCCUGCACUGCCAGAAUGGAGGAACAUGCAUCAACAAUGUGAGAUGCCUGUGCCCCCCAGCUUACACUGGCAUUUUGUGUGAGAAGUUGAAGUGUGAAAGGGAUCCAGGUGGUUGCAGCCGAAACUCUGGCCAGGGGGCAAUAUCACACGGGCCGCUGUUCCUGCUGACUGCUCUGCUAGGAGCAACUGGACUUGGCAUAUGCUAG